CACCAAUGUCAUAUCACCUUCCUCCUCUUCCUCCUCGUUUCCAGAUUGCCGUACUAAAACGCUUCCUAGGCACAGUUCUUCCCCUAAACGCCCUCCAGCUUCCUCACUGAUUCCACGCCCACCCCAACACCCGACCCUUCCGAGUCCACCUCCUCUGACGCCCAAACCGCCGCCGUCUCACCAAAAACGACACCGGCGGAGAUGUGGAGCUUCCUCUGGAUUCCUUUCCUAAUCUCCUUGUCCAAAGAGCUGAGCUUGGCCAAGGCCCAGGUGCCGGUUCUCUUGCCGAGUCAACUCGGAACAUCGGACUCGUCCUCGUCCAAGUGUACGGCCCCCGACCCCAAGAUCAACUACCGGCCGGUGAUCGGUAUCCUGAGCCACCCUGGCGACGGCGCUUCCGGCCGGCUGAGCAACGCCUCCACGGCGUCGUAUAUCGCGGCUUCUUACGUCAAGUUCGUUGAAUCGGCUGGAGCUCGUGUUAUUCCUCUCAUCUACAACGAGCCUCCCGAUAUACUUUUCCAGAAGCUCGACCUCGUCAAUGGCGUGCUUUUCACUGGAGGAUGGGCUAAAAGUGGUUUGUACUAUGACGUUGCCGAGAUAAUAUUUAAGAAAAUUAUAGAGAAGAAUGACGCUGGAGAUCAUUUUCCGUUAUACGCCACCUGCUUAGGUUUUGAACUUCUAACAAUGAUCAUCAGCAAGAACAAGAACAUUCUGGAGACAUUCAGUGCAGUAGAUGCGGCCUCAACUUUACAAUUUACCGAAAACGCCGUUACUGAAGGAACUGUUUUUCAAAGAUUUCCUCCGGACUUGCUUAAGAAGUUGAGUACAGAUUGUCUUGUAAUGCAAAACCAUAAAUAUGGUAUCUCACCAGAGAGGCUUAUGGAGAACGAGAAUCUGUCGAGUUUCUUUAAGAUCUUGACAACUUGUACUGAUGAAGAUGAUAAGGUCUAUGUGUCCACAGUACACGCAUACAACUAUCCUGUGACUGCCUUCCAAUGGCAUCCAGAGAAAAAUGCUUUCGAAUGGGGCUUACCAAUGAUUCCGCACUCAGAGGAUGCUAUUCAAGUGACCCAGCACGCUGCAAACUUCUUGGUCAGUGAGGCAAGGAAGUCAUUAAACAGACCGCCUGUCCAGGAAGUCCUUGACAAUCUCAUCUACAACUACAGUCCCACUUUUUGUGGGAAGGCUGGGAGGGGAUUCGACGAAGUUUACAUCUUUACACAACCUUCACUCGCUCAUUUGUAAAUUAAACGUGUGCGUCGAAACUGUUACAGGACAAUGGAAAUGAAAUGUAAACAUUGUAUUUACAGGACAUUAGCACUCUCAUGAGUGUAAAACCUGUUUGUAACUUACAUGUCACCAGAUUAUUUAUAAAUAAUCACUACUCAGGA